CACGGCAAGGCCAAAGUUUCCUCUCUCUCUCUCUCUCUCUCUCUCUCUCUCUCUCUCGAACACACACACACACACGCACACACACACACACACACACACACGGUAUAUAUAAGGGCGUGGUUAGCGGGUCACCCACAUUCUCUCUUCCUCCUUCGAGCAGCCAAGAUGAUCUCCCUUCCCACGGCUGUGGUCUUGGUCUGUCUUGGGGCUGUCCUGGGGCACCCCGAUCUCCCCCCGCCCCCCUCCGGGUACAACUACGCCCCCCCGAGCCGCCCCCUCGCCUACCCCCCGCCGCCCCCCGCCUACGCCCCCCCCGAUUCGGUUUACGAAGCCCCGCACUCGGGAUACGAAUACAAGGAACCCGAACCUACUUACAAGGCUCCCAAACCUACUUACGCGCCCCCAAAAGUAGGUUACGAGUACAAGGAGCCUGAGAAUACUUACAAGCUGCCUGAGCCUACUUACAAAGCCCCUGAGCCUACUUACAAGGCGCCGAAACCUACUUACAAGGCACCCGAACCUACUUACACGCCACCGAAGUCUGGGUACGAUUAUAAGGAACCCGAGAAUACUUACAAGCUGCCUGAAUCUACUUACAAGGCACCCGAACCUACUUACAAGGCACCCAAACCUACUUACGCCCCACCGAAGACUGGAUACGAAUACAAGGCUCCCGAACCUACUUACAAGGCACCCAAACCUACUUACGCCCCACCGAAGACUGGAUACGAAUACAAGGCUCCCGAACCUACUUACAAAGCCCCUGAGCCUACUUACGCGCCCCCGAAGACUGGAUACGAAUACAAGGAGCCUACUUACAAAGCCCCUGAGCCUACUUACGCCCCACCCAAGACAGGAUACGAAUACAAGGAGCCUACUUACGCCCCACCCAAGACAGGAUACGAAUACAAGGAGCCUACUUACGCCCCACCCAAGACAGGAUACGAAUACAAGGAGCCUACUUACAAAGCCCCUGAGCCUACUUACGCCCCACCCAAGACAGGAUACGAAUACAAGGAGCCUACUUACAAAGCCCCUGAGCCUACUUACGCCCCACCCAAGACAGGAUACGAAUACAAGGAGCCUACUUACGCGCCCCCGAAGAGUGGAUACGAAUACAAGGAACCUACUUACAAAGCCCCUGAGCCUACUUACGCCCCACCCAAGACAGGAUACGAAUACAAGGAGCCUACUUACAAAGCCCCUGAGCCUACUUACGCCCCACCCAAGACAGGAUACGAAUACAAGGAACCCGAACCUACUUACAAGGCCCCAGAACCUACUUACAAGGCACCUGAACCUACUUACGGAGCCCCCAAGACCGGCUACUCGUACGAACCACCAAAGAACAGCUACGGGAAAGGCAUGCCAUUCGACUUCGCCUACACGGUCGCCGACGGGUCCUCCGGCGCCGACUUCGCCCACCAAGCGGCCUCCGACGGCGACACUGUGAACGGGGAAUACCGGGUCGCUCUCCCCGACGGUCGUACGCAGAUCGUCACCUACACGGCCGACGACCACAACGGGUACGUGGCGAAGGUCGCGUACGAGGGGGAGGCGCAGUACCCCCCAACCAAGGCCUACAAACCCUCCCCGUCGUAUGGUACCCCGGCGCCCUCGUACGGUACCCCUGCCCCGAUUUACGACGCUCCUGUCUCGAGUUACGAACCUCUUGCCUCGCAUUACGAAUCCCCGGAGAAUACCUUCGCCUAAUUGUUUUCUUUCUUUCCCCUCAGUUUUCUUGUUUUGCUUUUCUUUCUUCUUUUCUUCUUCUUUUCCUCCGGUUAUUUCUUUCACCUGCUCUCUUUCUUUCUCUCUUUCUAUUUUUCUUAUUUUUUUUGUCUUUCUUUCCUUCAUAUUUUCUCUUUUCUUCUCCUUUUCCUUCCAUUCCUUCCUCUACCUGUUUUCUUUCCUCCCUUUCUUUCUUUUUGUUUUCAUUUUCUUCCUUUUUCUUCUUCAUUUCUUCCUUCAUUUCCUUUCUCUCCUCUUCCUCUUCUUCCUCUUCCCCCUUCUUCCUUCCUUCCUUCCUUCCUUCACUCCCAACACCCACAAGUUUCAUCUCCUCCUCCUCCUCCUCCUCCUCCUCCUCCUUUCCUUCUCUUCCUUUUCCUUCUCUCCUCCUCCUCCUCCUCCUCCUCCUCCCUCUCCUCUUCCUCUUCUUUCUCUUCCCUCUUCUUCCUUCCUUCCUUCUCACCACCCACAAGUUUCAUCUCCUCCUCCUCCUCCUCCUCCUCCCUUCCUUCUCUUCCUUUUCCUUCUCUCCUCCUCCUCCUCCUCCUCCUCCUCCCUCUCCUCUUCCUCUUCUUUCUCUUCCCUCUUCUUCCUUCCUUCCUUCCUUCCUUCCCACCACCCAAAAGUUUCAUCUCCUCCUCCUCCUCCUUCUCCUCCUCUUCCUCCUCCUCCUCCUCCCUCUCCUCUUCCUCUCCUUUCUCUUCCCUAUUCUUCCUUCUUUCCUUCCUUCCCCACCCUCAAGUUUUCAUCUCCUCCUCCCUUCCCUUUCCUUCCCUCCUCCUCCUCCUCCUCCUCCUCCUCCUCCUCCUCCAUGACCAGACCACAAGAAUUAGUAUUAAGGAACGAAGAUGUUUAUAUAAGAGCGUUAAUAAUUUAUAUAGAGAUAUUUAUAUAGAGAUUUAUAUUGAAUUGAAAUGAAUGUGAAAAAUAAAUAAAAAUGCACAAAUAUAA